UUGUCGGGCGAGGGAUCGCUGCGUUUGUGGCCGUCCUCCUUCCUUCCCUCCCCGCGGUUUCAGACGCGCGGCGAUCUUUUACUUUCCUCCCUUCUCUUCUGCCGAUCUGCGCGCUGCCUCAGCUCUUAUCUUUUGGACCUCCGAGGACUUUGUGAAAGCUUCCAGAUUGGUUUGCUCGGGCGUUUGCUGGGCUUCUCGAAGCAAGACGCAGAUGCUAUCUCUCCUUGCAACAAGGAAGAGGCAGUUUUUCUUUUUUUUGGUCUUUUUCUUUACUUUGAGACAGGACUGGGCGUUUUCAGCUCAUGUGCGUGGGAUUGUUGGGGAUUAGAAAGCAAACUCACAACUUGUUUUUUUGUUCCCAACGGCUCAAAAACUCUGGAAACAGUGCUCGGAGAGCCUUGACUACUGGGCAGAGGGGUUCUGGCAGCAGGUUUAGCACAGUGGAAACAUGGCUACCAGCGCUGUUCCCAGCGAAAACCUCCCCACGUACAAGCUGGUGGUGGUUGGAGAUGGCGGCGUGGGGAAGAGUGCUCUCACCAUUCAGUUCUUCCAAAAGAUUUUUGUGCCAGACUAUGACCCAACCAUUGAAGAUUCCUACCUGAAGCACACAGAAAUAGACGGGCAAUGGGCAAUUCUUGACGUUCUGGACACGGCAGGCCAGGAGGAGUUCAGCGCUAUGCGGGAGCAGUACAUGAGGACUGGAGAUGGUUUCCUUAUAGUCUACUCUGUGACAGACAAGGCCAGCUUUGAGCAUGUGGACCGUUUCCACCAGCUGAUCCUCAGAGUCAAAGACAGGGAGUCCUUUCCAAUGAUUUUGGUGGCAAACAAAGUUGAUCUAAUGCAUUUACGGAAAAUUACAAGAGAACAGGGAAGAGAAAUGGCAACAAAACAUAAUAUUCCGUAUAUAGAAACUAGUGCCAAGGACCCACCUCUAAAUGUUGACAAGGCCUUCCAUGAUCUCGUAAGGGUAAUAAGGCAACAGAUCCCGGAGAAAAGCCAGAAGAAGAAGAAAAAGACCAAAUGGAGAGGGGAUCGAGCCACAGGCUCCCACAAACUCCAGUGUACAAUUUUGUGACGGGGCACCCAGGAGCACCUUGGACAUCUCCCUCCUGCUCCCAACCCACCAUGACCUGAGGCUCCCAGAGGCUCUGGCUCGGAGAAGGUGGCUCGAGGGGUCUGGACCCCAGCAAUCAGCUGGAGGGGCUCCUCGUGGGGCUGCAUGGAGCAGUGCUAGCAGGAGGUGGAAAGGAGCAGCAGAACUUUGAUGCUCGGACGUUCCCAGCUCCUUCCAGAGGCCUCCAUGGUGUGUGUUUAAAAGAAAAAACAAAAGUGUUGGUUUUAUCUGCAAACAUUUCUCCUUGUGACCCUUUUAUGAGCAGCCAUGAAUAGACCCAUUUGGUACAGUCGUGUGUGUAUGUGUGGGAGAAGGGAAAGGGCUUUUCUUUUUUUUUUUCCUUGUCCUUUUUUUUUUUUUUUUUUUUGUCGUUUGCUCAGCAAGCGUUGGGUUGCAAAGAAACAUGGCUGGGGUUAGACUUUUUGCACUGAACUCUUUCUUACGCAGCAGUGCCAAAACACAACUUCAUAUGAAAGUGCAUAGAUUUGAAGGAAGAAAAUGAAUUCCAGCUGCUCUGGGUGCUCCAGACAUUGUGUCAGACUCUGGAGGGCAGCCAGCUCACAGACCAUAAACUCCAGCUUAGAAAAGGGGGUUUGGGCUUGGAUAUAUUUUUUUCCUACCCUUUGUCAAGAGGUUUUAUUUCUGUUUUGUAACUUGGAGCAUGUCAAAGUUAAGAUGUUUUGUUAACCUGGAAGUAUUUAAAUUAAAGUAAUUUACAAAUGCAAGGGUAUGGCAUCUUUAAGGGGUUGAGGGGAAGGAGAGAGGAAGUAAAAAGUGAACUGAG